UCUGUCAAGGCUCAGCCACGGGCUCCCUCAUGUCCACGGAUUAAACUCGGAACUCUGUGGAAUACUCAAAACAAGUCUAAACUUUUUGGGGAUUUUUUUCCUUCAGUACUUCUCCUUCCGUUUUUUUUUUAAUCCAAGUUGGAAACUAUGAAGUUGUGUGUGGUGGCCGUUCUUGCCCAUGUCCUUGGCAUUUUCAGUCUAGCCAGUGGCGCAUCUAUAGACAGGUACGAGUCGGAGAAGCCUGUACAAACGACAGUGAUUCACCUGCUGCGCACAUCCGAGGCCCUGAAUGACAAAAGACCUGCUGAUGACAGCAAGCACGAGGAGCACCGACAGGAGGAAGAGGAGGAAUAUUACUAUGACGACGAUGAAUACGAGCUGUCAGGGGAUUUUGAAAUGCCUCAAGUCGCAUUUUCCAGCAAACCCAAAGACCCGACCACAGUGCUGAAUGCAGAGAGGCGCGACGAUCAAGGGAACGAGAGGAGAGAAAAAGGUGAAAAGAAAGGAAAGGGAAAAGGAAAAGGAAAGAAGAGGAACCCUUGCCUGAAGAAAUAUAAGGAUUAUUGCAUCCAUGGAACGUGCCAGUAUCUGAGAAAGCUCGGUCCCUCAUGCAUAUGCAAUCAAGGUUACUCAGGAGACAGGUGUCACUAUUUUUCAUUACCUGUAGCAACACAGGAAUCAGGCUACAAUCGGACAACAGCCCUCGCCGUUGUGGCUGUUGUUCUCUCAUCACUCUGUCUAACCAUCAUCGGCCUCCUGUUAGCUCUAAGGUUUCACAAAAGGGGCACGUAUGAUGUAGAAAACGAGGAGAAGGUUAAGUUUGGCACGUCUGCACACCGCUAAAUCGCAGGAGCUCACGGGUGACUGUGAAGUCUGUGAAAUUCUACCUCAAGAUAAAAUAGAUGAAGAUGGCCAAGAGAGAGGGAGAGAAAAAAAGAGGAGAAAGAGAGAGACAAAAAGCGAGGGAAUUACAGAUGUUGUCCGAGUCGUCACAUCACAGGCGGCCCAGCUUUUACAUCGCUGGGAUCGGGACUGAGCGGGAUGUGCAGCAGGGUUUAAACAAUGCUUGGUGCUUGGCCCUCUGGAGCUGCAGAGUAAAAAGAAGGACUGAAACACGCAAAUGUUUGUGCGUGCCCUGGGUUCGGACAUUGACUGAUAAACAGACGUGGCCCUGAAAUAACCUAUUUUUACCUGUAAAAAUUUUCUAUUUAUGUACAUUUGUUUUUGUUUUUUUUGAGACCCUAGUGUUAAUUUAUUUAUUUAAAUAUUUAUUUGUACCAAACUUUAGAGGCUCUGGUCCAUGUGUUUGAAAUGUGUCAUAUAUAUCAAAUAUAUAUAUAUUUAAUACUGUAUUUAUUAAAAUUUCAAAAAUAUUAUGAAAGAACACUUGGCAAAACAGCAAAAAAAGCAGCAGUUUCCUUAUUUAACGGUUCAAAAACUAGUAAAUUUCAGCAUUUCUUCCUCCAUUACAGUAUUAAAUACAUUCAUGCUUUUUAGCUUCACGUCUUUCUAGAUUUUUAAAUAUCUAGAGUUUUUUGUUUAUAAAGAAUAUGUGAUGAAACAACAUACAAAUAAAUGACAGUUUUACAUCAAGUUUUAUUCAGUCAGGAAAGCUUUCGAAGUGUUAAAAAAUGAAAAAAAUGUGAAUUAAAAAGGCUGAUACAAAUAUAAAAGAAAUCCCUAACCUGACUUUUUGAACUUCUAUUUCUUGCUUUAGGUUUACAUACAGUAUGGGUGAUGAUCUCGUAAAACUAGUGAAGUCUUCAUUUAUGGUGAAAAACUACUUUUACAAAUUCCGUCUUUUAACAAGACUACUAAAGACA